AUGUGUGGUAUCUUUGCCUGUCAUGGUCAUCCGUCGAUAGCCACCUUCAAAACCACUGCGCUGCAGUGUGUCAAAUGCCUCCGCCACCGUGGUCCCGACUGGUCGGGCAACUGGAUUGGAAACAACACAAUUCUCUGCCAUGAGCGCUUGAGCAUUGUGGGUGUCGACACCGGCGCACAACCUCUUGUGAACGAUGAAGGAAGCAUUGCCCUGGCCGUCAAUGGCGAGAUCUACAAUCACCGAAUCCUGCGUAAACACCUGCAGGAGCCAUACAACUUCAAGACGCACAGUGAUUGCGAGGUUAUAAUCCCACUGUACAUGCAGUACGGGAUCGAUGCCCCCAAGCACCUGGACGGCAUGUUUUCAUUCGUUCUCUACGACAAGACCCAAGAUCGAACGAUUGCCGCCCGGGAUCCCAUUGGCAUUACCUCUUUCUAUCUCGGCCGAUCGAGCACCACGCCGGGUGCAGUCUUCUUUGCUUCCGAACUGAAAGCCUUGGCCCCGGUUUGCGACAGCAUCGAAUCUUUCCCUCCUGGCCACGUUUAUGACUCGAAAACCGACAAGCUCACCAGAUACUUUGAACCCUCAUGGUGGGAUCCGGAGAAGGUUCCUUCAACGCCUGUGGACUACAAACUCCUCAGAAAGACGCUGGAGAAAUCUGUGCUGAAGAGACUUAUGGCUGAAGUCCCAUACGGUGUCCUUCUGUCUGGUGGACUUGAUUCCAGCUUGGUCGCUUCUAUUGCCCAGCGAGAAUCACUCCGUCAGCGCGAACUCAUCUCCUCCCAAACCAAUGGUGCAAGUAGCGAGAUCAACGGCGAUACACCCCAGACUGGUGCCAAGCUCGUUGGAAUCGACGACGAGGAUGAGCUGUCCACCGUUACAUUCCUCCCCCAGCUCCACUCCUUCUCCAUUGGUCUCCCUGGUGCGCCAGACACAAAAGCAGCCCUCGAGGUAGCCAAGUUCCUGGGCACCAAGCAUCACGACUUCACAUUUACCAUCCAGGAGGGUCUCGAUGCCUUGUCAGAUGUCAUCUACCACCUUGAGACUUACGACGUAACGACCAUCCGCGCUUCAACACCCAUGUAUCUUCUCAGCAGGAAGAUCAAGGCGAUGGGAGUAAAGAUGGUGCUGAGUGGCGAGGGGAGUGACGAGAUCUUUGGCGGGUAUCUGUACUUCCAUGCCGCCCCCAACAGGGAAGAGUUCCACAGGGAGACCGUGCGCAGAGUGAAGAACCUUCACCUGGCAGAUUGUCUUCGUGCCAACAAGUCGACUUCAGCUUGGGGAUUGGAAGCCCGAGUACCCUUCCUGGACAAGCAAUUCCUAGAAGUGGCCAUGAACAUCGACCCAGCUGACAAAAUGAUCACCAAGGACAGAAUCGAGAAGUACAUUAUCCGGAAGGCAUUCGACACGACGGACGAACCGGAGACCAAACCUUAUCUUCCCGAUAACAUCCUAUGGCGGCAAAAGGAGCAGUUCAGCGAUGGUGUCGGCUAUGGUUGGAUUGACGCCCUUAAAGACAAUGCGGAGCUUAACGUCACUGACGAGAUGAUGAAGAACCCCAAAGCAGAAUGGGGCGACGAUAUUCCUGACAGCAAGGAAGCCUACUGGUACCGAACGAUGUUUGACCAGCAUUUCCCGCCAUAUUGCGCGUCAACCGUCAUGCGAUGGACUCCGACAUGGUCAAAGCAGACCGAUCCCAGCGGCAGAGCUAUUGCGACUCAUGUUGCAAGAUAUGAGAAUGGAGAAGUGGUUUCAUCAUGA